AUGUUAAUCAAUUCAAUUCAAUCUGUCACACUCUCAAAAUUUGAUAAGCUUGAAACUGAAACAGGAAACCCACUUGCUAAACUUCUGGAACCUUCAAAUCCGAACACACAUUACAAAUCUAUUUCGAAACUUUUGGUCUCG